AUGGACUGGAGAGAAAUCUCCCAAGUCAACAAGUGCAGCAAAUACCGAUGUGCCACUCCCCCCAUGUAA